AACUUUGUUUAAUUGGUUUAAUUGUAUUUUGUCAUCUUGCAAUAAUUGAUUGACUAAACCAGACUAAACCUUUUUUUUAUUUUUUUUAUUUAUAUACACAGUGGUUAUUAACGUAUUCGUAUUAACGUAUUAAAAACAAAAGGAAAAUAUGAAUGAAGACAUAUAUCCAAGCGAUUUUAAAAAUUCACAACAAAUUUUUCCCAAGUUCUCCAGACCUUCAGUAAUAGGUCAUUUUAGUGUUGACGCCGACAGAAAUGUCGCUCAUGACUUGUCUCAACUCAAAUUCUUGCACAUGCCUGCUUGUAUGACAAAUAUCGGAUUCAAUUUAAAUAAUGGCAUUAAUCAAACAGUUCAUAAAGAUGAGAAAGCUCACGAAGAAAAACUAGAUCAUCUAUUAAAAUUCAUUGUUUAUAAUCGAAAGCAAUUAUGUAGCCCAGCAGCAACUACGAAUUUAAUAAAUUUUGAUAUAGUCUGUUUUAGGGGUCUAUUGACCAAAUUAAUGUGUACGCCCUUUGAAAAUCGUGAAGGUUGGAAUAUAUUAGCCCAAAACUGGAAAGGAACAACAUAUCUGUGUGCUUGGGAAUCUGAAAAAAGUAAAAUGAAACGGCUUAAAGAUAUCAAGUAUCAAAGAAAGUUUAUGUCUUGGGGCUAUAAAUUUGAACAGUUUUUACUAAGUUCAAGUCCCCAAAGAAAACCUGAUAUUACAAUACCUGUAAUUGAAUCUGAAGAAUUUUGUUGUGUAUUCAAGAGUAAAUUAGAUGAUUUAAGACUUUUUUAUGGAGCUGAAAUGGAUGGUAUAAAUACAACUAAUUUGUAUUUUAAUUUCAAAGAUUUAGAUAAAGCACAAUUUGUAGAAUUGAAAACAAAUAGAAUUAUUACCACAGAAAACCAAAGUAGAAAUUUUAAAAAAAUCAAAUCAAUGAAAUGGUGGUGCCAAAGCUUUCUGGUAGGUAUAGAUGAAAUUUUAUGUGGCUGCAGAGAUGAUAAUGGAAUUUUACUCGAAAUAAAGCCUUAUAAAGUUAAAGAUAUUCCUAAAAGUAAUGACAACUUUUGGAGUGCAACAGAUUGUAUGAAUUUUUGUAAAGAAGUUCUUUAUUUUAUGCAAAAAAUAGCUCGAACUCAUCAAAAUCAAACCAUAUUAUUUAGUUGGAACCCUGGAGAUAAAAUCACAUAUGAAAUAGACAACGACAAAAACUUUUUGCCCACCUGGUAUUUAGAAACUAUGAGCAAAGAGGAUGAUAUAAUUUGACCCUAUUAUCAAAAUUUUAAUAUUGCAGUAUUAUAACAUAUGCGUAACAAGAAAUUUGGUUGUUUACGGAUUCCAAUUUAUAUGAAAUCCAAUAUCCUUUGUAAAUGCCGUCAUUAUGACCCUUCGCAGUUCUCUUCACUAUUAUUAUUUCUGAUAAUGUAAACAAACAGAGAAUAAAUGAAACCAACACUACUCUUUAUGUGUGUCAAGAUUUAAAAGAGCAAAGUCGUUUUUUAUUUCGUUCAAGAUUUAAUUGUUGUAUUUAAAGCCAUCUAGUGUCAAUGUUUUACAUUUUAUGCAUUUCGGUGAAAUUUGG